GCCCUGCCCCGCUCCAUGCGGGCCUUCCUGGAGAGCGGCGAGCUGUUGGCUGCCCGCAGUUUUUGAUGUAUAUGGAGGCAUUGCUAAGGAGGACAUAACAGACAGCAUUAAAUCCGAGGUGUCAGGAGACCUGGAAGAUGCUUUGCUGGCUGUGGUAAGUGUGUGUGAAACAAGCCUGCGUACUUUGCUGAAAGACUGUAUAAAUCCAUGAAGGGAGACUGCUCAGGAGACUACAGGAACGUUCUGCUGAAGCUCUGUGGCAGUGAGGAUUGAAGGAUUCCUGGUGUAUGUCCCGCGUUAUGGGAAGGAAGGGAUCAUAAGGAUUUCUCUCAGGUGUUUGUAACUUGGUGAAUAACGCUCUGAAGGCAUCACAGACUGCCUGCUUGUCUCUGCAGUGCUCGGGGCUUUUCUGAGCUGCAGGCUCGCUGCAGCCCCGUGGCAUAGCCUUGCAUCUGGUGACGAACUGAAGCUGGAGAAUCCUGGCAGCAGAGGACGCUCCUGCCCCACCGAAGGGCUCACAGCUCCACCGCAGCUCCACCGACCUCAGUGCUGGUGAGGAGGCUGAGAUGCCUCCAAGUGAUGAAUGCAGUCCACCCAACCUUACACCUCGUGUGGUUCACUGUGCGAGGCGACCAGGAAGAAAGGUGGGCACAGGUAAUACUGCAUCAAAAGCAACUGCAGAGCUCUCGGGCUGGUAGUCCAGGGUGUGGGGGCCCAGGUGGUGCUGUGGGACAGGUGUGAAAGGAGGGCACUGGUGGUGCGUGCCAGUCCUUGGCUGCAGGACUGGUGCUGGUGGCAGGGCCUUGGGUUCUGUGUCUGCAGGACCUCUUUGCAGAUUGGUGUCUGCUUGGAAGGGAUGGGACCCACCUACCUAAGAGAGGUGAGGAUAUUUUCAUCAGUAGGAUGGCAGCUUCACAAGGGAGGCUUUAACCUAAGAAUGGUGAGGGCUUUUGAUCACAGGGAUGGGGUGAUGUGAGGGAGAGGGACCAGAAAAUCAGCACUUGCAGGGUUGCAAGGAAAUGCCUGAAGGCACUGCUAUGGGGAGAUUCCCCAAAGCUCCAGAGGAGGUUGUGGUGGGUAACGGGGGGAGGCUGCUUGGAUUUGUGCAGAGGGAGAGCUGGAGAGAGAAAUAGAUGGACAGAGGGAUCAACAGAGGAGAGAACUGUUGGUUGGAUGGAUGGAUGGAUGGAUGGAUGGAUGGAUGGAAAAACGGAUUGAAGGAUCAUUGGAUGGACGGAACGAUUGUUGGAUGAAAGGGUGGAUGUAAAUACAGGUGGGUGGAGAGAUCAACGGGAAAAUAUGAUUUCUGCCUGAAAGACCAGUGUGCCCCCAGGCCCCACUCCCUCCAUGGGAACCAGUGGGGGUGGCCCUGCGAGUACAGAACCCACGUCCCAUUGGCUGGAGCCAUUCUCUUGGCUGCUACAGAACGCAGAACCUUUGGAGGAGGCUCAGUUCCAUGGCUCUGGCAUGGGGAGUGCUGGAUCCCUGGAUCCUCUGUCCAUUUGGGAUGGGGUGAUGGGGUCUGUGGUGCAGGAUGGAUCUUGGGUAUGGUGGUCUGUUGCCCCCUUUUAGUGGGAUGUGGGGUGAGAGAAGUCCUUGCCGUAUGGGUCCCCUUCUUACAGGAGGGAUUGGGCUCUAUGGAGUAGAAUGGGUCAGUGAGGUCCGUUGCCCACCUAUCAGGUUUACGGGGUCCAGUGGGGCAGGGAGAGGUCCCAAACCCCUCAGUUGGAUGCCCUGUUUAAUGUGGGAAGGAAGAUAAUGAGGUAAAGCGAGGCAGAGGGAGGGCCCCCUCCUUGCCCCUCCCCUUCAUUGCUGUGAUGUCAGUGGGGUAACAGCAGUUCUCAGGGUAACUGUCCCAACCCCAAACCAUCCUAGACUCCUCUCUGAUCAGCUGUGAAGAUGGUGCCUUGUGGCCUUAUUCCCAUCUGGGAUGGAUCGUUCUACAAUGCUGUGUGUCCCAUUGGGCCAAAAGUACUGGUUUGGUGCUGAAAUCCAACUCCAUUCCUCACCAGCUGUAUUCCCAAGGAAUCCUCCUUCCCCAUCCUCCCCAAGCUCCCAACUUCUAUCUCCAACUGAUGUGCAGAAAUCAAACUCUAUAACCACAGAGUGGUUAUAAAGCAGGAUAUUUUACAGGUUCUGACUCAGGUUCCGAGAUUUUAAGUUUACCGUCUGGAAUUAAAGCAUUCUUCAACUGCCUGUUCUGCCACCUGAUCCGCCAUCUUAUCUCCAGUUUCCUGUACAGUGCUACCUUUCUGAUGUCCUUUACAGAGUAUAAUAGCCAUGCUCUUUGGUAGGUGUACAUCAUACUGAAUGUUUUCCUUGUGUGUGAGCAAUCCUUGCUCUUUCCAGAGGGCACUAUGAGCGUGUUCCACCCCAAAAGCAUGUUUAGCAUCUGACCAUGUAUUUAAGGCUCUUGUCAAGGCAGUUAUUGCAGCCUUCUGAGCCAAGUCCCCACAGGCAAUGGUUGUUCGAUUACCUGGUCAGUAGCAGUUACUGCAUAUCCUGCCUUACGGUUGCCUUGUCUCACAACACUGCUUCUGUCGGAUGAACCCAGGAAUCCUCAGCACUGUCCAAUGGUUCCUCCUGUAGGUCUGGCCGACUGGCACAGUCAGUCUCCAAGCAGUCGCACGCUGCCGGUUUGGAGGUAGUUCUGUGUUGGUGUUAGAAUCAUGGAAUGGCCUGGGUUGAGAAGGACCUCAAAGAUCGUCCAGUUCCAACCCCCUGCUAUGUGCAGGGUCACCAACCGACGGACCAGGCUGCCCAGAGCCUUGUCUUGAAGAAGAUUGUUUUUAGGAGAACAAAAACUUUGGAUCACCUUUCAAAUACAGAGAAAAAAAUAACGCUGUAUUAUUUUUUUGUUUUAUUUUCCUGUUGUUAUGAUCAGGUAAAGAGACAGACAUAUCACAUCUCAGAAAUGGCUUUACUUCAGUGGCCUUAAAUGGUCCCUCUGUGAUCAUUAUUUUCUUAUUGAAUCGCUGUCAGACACAGCUGGUGGAUUUUUGUACGUGCAGUUUGGAGUUCCUGGCUAAAAUGAACCACAUGAAUACAGAUUACGGAUAUUCUUAUCUCAGCACGCUAUUGAGAUGGAGCAUUCAAAUUACAAGACCUUCAGUCUGCUGUUUUAAUCUGACCCAGAAGGAAAACUUCACUACAGUUCGUUUCCUUGAUUCCCGUGCAAUUUUAUUUUGGAACUGAAGCUCAAUCGAAUUUAAACAACUUUUUUGAAAGUCUGUAAUGAAAGUUGCAUUUUUGCUUACACGUAGCCGCUUUGACCCACGGUGAAUGGAAGUCAUAAAGCAGGGUAUAAAGGGAGUUUCUAAAUUGCCUGUUGUUGAGUCCAUUGAAGGCAACAGGAGAGUCCAGAAUGUGACCUUUGAGAGCAAAUUUGCCUCUGCUUCUUACUGAAUUUUGUGUUGCGUUUUUCUGUAUAUAUAUUUCUUUUGACUCAGAAAUACAAAUUAUAAUGAAGGUGAGGCACUUCACAAUACGUUUGGCUUCAGCAUUGCUGAAUAUACAUUUGUAUAUGUAUAUAUAUUAUAUAUAUAUUGUACAGCAAAACAUUUCAGAAUCUGCAGAACGUUGCUAAUAACUGCAGUGGAACAGGGAGGAAUAGUGAAAACAGAUUUCUGCUUUGAAUGCUUUCAAAUUUAAUAAUUAAUGCAUUUUAUUUUUACUUGUAUAGGAUUAUCAUGAACUCUAGAUAGGUAGUUACAUUUGAAAAUGCUAAGUGAGAUAGCAAAACUGGAUCAUAAACACAGGAAACAGAUUCUGCAUUCAUUUUCUUGCAUUUCUGUCCUGCUGGCAUGCUCUUUGUACUUUCUACCAUUUCAGAAUCACAGGAGCUAAAAUAGUCUGAAAAAGAAGAGUCCAAAUCCUUGCCUUUGGAAGGCCCAGCUCGUUACCCAACUCCUGAGCAAAGAAAAAGAAGAAUAAAGGCUUCAGUCACCACACAUACUCACACUGGGAGACUUCAGCCUCAGCGUGACUGUCAGCCCUGUGGACACGCUGGCUGUCACUGUGCCCACCGUCUGCCACAACAUCACCUGCAGCCUCUGUGGAACUUCAAUGGCCGUCUCCACACCGACCGCCUCAUCCAGAGCAGCACUGCCACGGGUCACCGCCUCAGUCCCGGUCCCAGGUGUCCCCUGUGCCGGCAAUCCCCCAGCAGUGAGUGAGUGGGCAGUGGACACAACCUGGGCUUCUCGCCGGGCCCUGCACGGGUGGUGGCAGUGUUCCAGGGGCACCGCCUCCGGCCCCACCCAUCCCUCUCCAAAAACGAGCUGAUGCUGUUCUCCUGGUUUGAGCGGCUGUGUACGGACUGUGCGACUGCCCGAGGGGAACCUUCCAACCUACUGCCUGAACUGAACUGAACUGAACUGAACUUCGGUGUCACGAGCGCGGCUGCAGAUAUGCAGUAACCGUACUGAAACUGUAACUAUCUGAAGACCCACAUGCAGAACAAACCGUACAGUGCACAGAAAUCACACUGCAAUGAUGAAGGAACUCGGCAACGGGGCCGCUGCUGUGUUUUGGUAACAGUGAGGAGGCACCAGCAACGAGCUGUGGAUUGGCUGCCCCCCCUGCGCUGCACUGUGCAUUCACGCGCUGGCCACGCGUAGAGUGCGUGAUCCGGCUCAGGGCAUACAGACAUGUCAGGAGGGCAGCAGGGUGAGGUAACUCAGGCAGAGGACACCGCUGCCUCCAUGGGGAUGCCCGCAAGGCCCUGAGCCAACCAGUCCCUCCCCUUACAGCCAAUCCGAGCUGUGCUGGCUGAUGGUCCUUUUGGGACCUCUUGGCGGAUUGGUAGCUGUGCACUGCAGUGCUUAAACGCUCGCUUUGGCCGACUGUGUGUGUGAACGUGUGUUCUGUGCAGUGCCUCAUCCCUGCAUCCCAACACCCCGACGCAGCAGUGCUCCGUGCCGUCCUGCAGGCUGCUGUGCAGCGCGCAGUGCUGCAGAGCUGUACUUCCCGGCCCUGUGCUCCAGCAGUCUCGUGUGAGUUCUGCCUCCCCCAGAAAACUCUUCUGGGGCAGUGCUGGUGCACCCCUGUGCACGCACACGCGUGUGAAAAAACAAGCACUGACAUGCAGACACCGAUUUGCACACACCCCUGUACGUGCACACGCAUGUGUAUCCACACACCUGCACACACCCACAGGCAAACACGUGCACACAUGUGCAAGAACACCUUUGCUGACAUCCAUGAGCACACAUACAUCUACAUGCAUGUACACACGUGCAAAAUGACACAUCCAUGUUCAAGCACCUCCUGGCACACACACAGCGAUCUGUACGCACACAUUUCAAGCCUACCUUUGCACACACAUGCACAUCCUUUGCACUCCUGUGUGCAAACAGCCACGUGCGUGCAUGAACACGUGCAGUUCAACCCUUUGGCAUAUUUGUGGCCAAGCUGUGCGACCCUGCCCUUGCACAAACCCAUGUGCAGACAUUGCAACCGCAUCCCUUUGCACAUAGCUGUGCAAGCCCAUAUUUGCACACACAUAUGAACACACACCCACAUGGGCCACCUUUGCACGCUCACUUGCAAACAGCACCUUGCAUGCCUCCAUUUGCAUGCAGACGUGCAAGCACAGCCUUGCACACGCAUAUGAAUGCGCAUGUGUGCAGAACCAUACACACAAGUGCAAAGGUGUACUCCCACACGUACCUGUGCAGUCACACACAUGCAAGCACAUCCUUGCACACCCGUGUGCACACACCACCCGUACGCAUGCAAAUGUAUGCGAAACCAUGCAGCCAUGUGCAAAGACCCCGAUGCUCCUAACCAUGAUUAUGCAGACAUACAUGUAAAUGCAGACACGUGUGCAACGCAACCCUUUUGCACACUCACAUGCAAAUACCAUCCUGGAAACAUCUAGAUGCGUGUGCACGUGUGCAGCCCCACCUCUUUGCACACCCCUGUGCAUGCACACAUGCAAGUCCAUCCUUGCACACAAACACGUGCACGCACACACUUGUGUAACCCCAUCCAUUUGCAUAGCACUGUGCACACGUACAUGUAUGCAACCUUCUGUCUACCUCCAUGCACAGACACCCAUGUGCACCACCCAGACCCCUUUGCACACCCUCGUUUGCUUUCACAAGCAUAUGCAACCCCAUUCCUUUCCACAUGCAUGGGCAAAUAUCUUGAAGAAGACAUCUGAUUACACAUGCACGUGUGCAACCCCACACUUUUGAGCUCCCCUGGGCAAACACACACAUGUGCCACCUUGUUCACACACUUCCCACAUGCUCAUACGCACCUGUGCACUCCCACCCCUUUGCACAACCGUGCACACACACAUCUAAAUCGACCCUUGCACACACCCACGUGCAUGCACACACCUGCAAGCCCAUCCUUGCCCAAAACCACUUCUAUGCACACACUUGUGCAUCCCCACCCCUUUGCACACCCCUGUGUACAGGCACGUGUGCAACCCUUCCUUGCACUCACGACUUGCGUGCACAAACCUGUACCACCCCGCCCUUGCGCACUCACCCACAUGCGCAACCCCAACACUUUGCACCGCCCUGUGAAUGCACGCACCUGCGCAACCCCACCAGUUUGUUAACCCUUGCACACACACGUGUGCAACUCUGUCCUUACACUCUCCAUGUGCUUACUCACAGCUGUGUAACCCCUCCCCUUGUGCACCCACGUGUACACAAAACAUGUGCAACCCCACCCUUGCGCACACCCACACGCACGCACGCACGCACACACACACACACACACACACACGUGCCUGCCUGCCUUGGCUGGCUGGAUGGUUGGCAUCGCAGCACCUGCCUGCCUUGGCUGUCUGUCUGUCUGUCUGUCCCAGGGUACGUUUGGAUCCGACAGUCAGGAUGCCUCAGGAGCAGAGGCAAGAAAACCACGCACCCAGAGCAGAACACAGAGGUAGGAAUUUUAUUCAACAGCCUCACACGGAUACACAAACAAGCACCUAUUGUAGACAACACCUUGAGAGACAGCAAACUGCCCAAAGGAAAGAAAGGACCACAGCAGCAGUGGAUGCGAUGGGUAAUGCCAGCACAAGGGCCCCUGCUGCAAAGGGCACAUUUCCUCUCUCCUGCUUUGAUUCUCCCCAGGGUCUGCAGUGUUUGUUCCACUGAACGCCGUACCCUCUCGUCCACUGUGUCAUACAAAGCCAAAGUGGAACACCUGCAAGCAAAACAAAUCUUUGCACAAACAAGAUGAACAACCAGGUCAGCUCUCUCCAAAAAACAAGCUCUCCAUGGCUACAGCUAAAAUAUCAAUUCCCGUAAAACUGGCAAAAUUCUUUCUUCCAUCCCAGGAUCACUCACCAGUCAGGGGUCCUCACACACUUCUACACAGUAAAAUUUCAUAUUUGCGUUCAUGAAA